UUGGUGGCAGUGCUGAGGGAUCCUUCUCUGCCCCCAUCAUGGCAUCUGCUCUCAUCGUCCUCCUCCUCGGCUGCUGGCUGGCCGGGCACAGCGGGGUGUUGGGAGGGCGUGAAUUUCCCAAACCCACCAUUUCAGUGAGCCCCAGCAGGGUGGUGGCGCUCGGGGGAAGCGCCACCAUCCGCUGUGAGGGUUUGUACCCGGGCAUGGAGUUCUUUCUGCAUAAAGCUGGACACCCAACGCUGCAGGGGCCAUUGGUGGUACCUAAUGGAACCGUGGCUGAAUUUCCCAAACCCAGUGUCCGCCGGGAAGAUGGAGGGAGAUACACCUGCGGCUAUCGCUCCAUAACGGAUCAGAGUCGCUGGUCGUAUCUCAGCGACCCCGUCGAGAUCAUUGUAGCAGAUCCCAGCUACCCCAAACCGAACAUCUCCCUGAGACCCAGCGGGGGGGUCUCUCUGGGGAGAUGGGUGACCAUCCGGUGUUGGGGGCAGCACCAGGGCAUGCGGUUCAUGCUGAAUAAAGAGGGACGCCAUUUCCCACCUGUGGAUUCGGACGGGUUUGGGGCUGUGUUUUCCUUCAGCAUCGUGUGCCAGGAGGACGGCGGGAGCUACAGCUGCUCCUAUCACAACAGAUCGGAGCCGUUCACCGUGUCGUACCCCAGCGACCCCGUGGAGCUGGUGGUGAGAGAGCCCAGCUACCCCAAACCCAGCAUCUCCCUGAGACCCAGCGGGGGGGUCUCCCUGGGGGGAGUCGUGAGCGUCUGGUGUCGGGGGCAGCAUCGGGGCAUGCAGUUCGUGCUGAAUAAAGAGCGACGCCAUUUCCCACCUGUGGAUACGGACGAGUUUGAGGCUGUGUUUCCCAUCAGCAAUGUGAGCCGGGAGGACAGCGGGAGUUACAACUGCUCCUAUCACAGCCGAUUGGAGCCGUUCAACGUGUCGUACCCCAGCGACCCUGUGGAGCUGGUGGUGAGAGAUCCCAGCUUACUCAGACCCUCCAUCGCUCUGAGCCCCACUGGGGUCACUGCCCCAGGGGCAAACGUCACCAUCCGGUGUCAGGGGCAGCGCCGGGACGUGAGGUUCUUCCUGCACAAGGCUGGAGACCUGAACCCGCAGCGACACAUGGACCCUGCUGGGGACAGGGCCGAGUUCCACAUCCCCACCGUGGGCCGGCAGCAUGGAGGGAGCUACAGCUGCAGCUACCGGCCCCAAUCAGAGCCCUUCGUCUCCUCAGAGCCCAGCGACUCUGUGAAGCUGGUGGUAGCAGAGCCCAGCUACCCGAAACCCAACAUCUCCCUGAGCCCCAGCGGGGGGGUCUCCUUGGGGGGAGCUGUGACUGUCCGGUGUCAGGGGCAGCACCGGGGCAUGCGGUUCAUGCUGAAUAAAGAGCAACACCAUUUCCCACCUGUGGAUUCGGACGGGUUUGAGGCUGUGUUUCCCAUCAGCAAUGUGAGCCGGGAGGAUGGUGGGAGCUACAGCUGCUCCUAUCACAGCAGAUCGGAGCCGUUCGCCGUGUCGUACCCCAGCGACCCCAUGGAGCUGGUGGUGAGAGAUCCCAGAUUACCCAGACCCUCCAUCUCGCUGAGCCUCACUGGGGACACCAUCCGGUGUCAGGGGCAGCGCCGGGACGUGAGGUUCUUCCUGCACAAGGCUGGAGACCGGAACCCGCAGCGACACAUGGACCCUGCUGGGGAUGGGGCCGAAUUCUUCAUCCCCACCGUGGGCCGGCAGCAGGGAGGGAACUACAGCUGCAGCUACCGGCCCCGAUCAGAGCCCUUCGUCUCCUCAGAGCCCAGCGACCCCGUGCAGCUGGUGGUAGCAGGAGCCUGGAUCCAGCCAUGCAGGGAAGAGAAUCUCCCCGGGGGACAAGUGGCUUCCCCAUGGGGUGCUGAGACACCGGCACAAACCCCCUUGCUCCCUAACACCCCUGCCUCAGAGAAUUUCCCCCACAAACAGCUCCCAACCUGACAGCAGUGUGACGGGUUCGUUCACAGAGACCCCCCUUGGGACUGUUAACCGAGCCCUUUUUCUCUGCCAGUUUGGGUGUCCAGAACCCUGCCUUGUUGAGCUAGCCUGCUGCAAACACAGACCCAGGGUCUGAACCAUGCCCCCAAAGCUGCAGACUUAACUGAAAACAGCUUAAGAAGUGCUCCUGUCUUCAGCACCCAGACACCCAGUUCCCAAUGGGAUCCAAACCCCAUAUAAAUCCAUUUAACAAUGUUUAAGCUUAUACAGGGUAAACUCAUAAAUGUCCGCCAUCUAUAGCAUUGAUAGAGAGAUAUGCACAGCUGUUUGCUUCCCCAGGUAUUAAUCACUUAUUCUGGGUUAAUUAAUGAACA